GGGUAGAGACAGCGAUAAUCAUGCCCGGAAUUCCAAGAAUUUCCCCGUCGAUUUAAUCGAGCCUUGCGCUCUGCAGCCGCAUUCCUCGUCAUUCGCCAGCUAGCUCUACAGACGGUACAAAGGGACGUGAAGGGGUCGCCUUGCUUGGUGUGUUGCUUGCCGGCUUUUGAAGUAAAGAAAUGGGGAUGCCUUCAUCGGGACUAGACAACCAUGACCACUGUCAAACCUGCCAUAACACCAGGUGCAACACGCGCCUCACAUCAUGCCACAUGAUACAAUGUGAACUGGAAUGUGGGGCUAGGUUCCACAGCUGUAAGGCAGUGGAACACCGCAUGCUCUGCAGUAACGAGAAGGUCCAAUGCAUCAACUGUGGCUAUGGAUGCCCCAUUGAGGUGCAGCGAUCCAACAUGUCUCAACAUCUCAAUGUCUGUCCUGCAAGCCUCGUCCACUGCACCAUGGAGUGGAAUCGCUGGCCGGUGUGCUCCAGCGAGCGUCAGUCCCAUCAACCUGUGCAAGUCCUGAUGGACUUCAACAAGGAGCAACUGGACAUCGCCCUUGCUCUACGCGACCAACGCAUGUUGACAAAGUCGAUGCGAGCAUCAAUCCGCACACGGCAGAUCUUGACCAACAGUCUGAACCGGCGUCAUCCAGCUGUACCACUCACCAACCAGCACACCAACGGCAGCUCGGAGAAAGAGUUUGAUGAGGAGAAAGAACUUGAAAACCUUCUACAGGAUAUGCAUCAAUGGGAGAAUAAAACUGAGCAGAAGCGAUCACGUAGCCCCGCUGGGCUGCGACAGAGCAUCUGUGAUGAGCUUUACCGUGCGAGUCAGGACACUGUGCAGCAACUUUCAAAGGCACUUAAUGUUAUGACUGAGUCAUCACCUGUUCCUGAACUCCCCGAUUUUAGUAUGGGAUCCUCGGCAUAUCCAUACAUUCACUGUAAACACUGCGAGAGGCGCAAGGAACGUCUGGACCGCUUGUUAGAUUCACGGGAGGCCAUGAAAGAGGACAGCCAAUCACAGCAGUUGUCUGAAAGCAAUGAGCCAAUCACUGAUCAGAAUACAGCGGGACAUCAUCUUGAUGAUGACGAUGUGCAUUUGACGAUUAUCAGGGAGACAUUGGCGAGGGAUUUGAAGAGCAAAGACCAGACCCAAGAACUUGCAGAUCAUAGGCACAGCUCAUCAAGCAGUGAAGAUAGUUUGACUGGAUUGCCACUACCGGUGCUAUUUGUCACACCGUCUAGUACAGGGGAAGUAUCAGCAGCACCACUGUGGGGGCACUCAAAGAUACAAGUGAUUGAGCCUCCGACGACAACUUCUGGGUCCAGUGUAGCCUACUCUCCAGCCACUGGGUCAUCUUCUCCAAAACAAGCGUCUCUGAGUCUUGACUUAUCAUUGGAGUCUAUCACUAGGUACCAGGCCAAACCGGAUUCAAUGUACACCUUCCUGUGUGCUCAGGUUUUCAGAAGAGAUGAAUUUGCUUCCCACUUUCAAAAUGUCCACAGCGACAUUCACGGCGGUCUGAAUGGCUGGCUGGAGCCACGCUGUCCUCUAGCACCAUACGGUUGUACGUUCUCACAACGCCGUUUCUACCCUGGUGAGAAAUCCGCCAGGGUCGUCCACAAUGAGAAUCUGGAAAGCUUUGGUGUGCGAUUGGAUGGGAACAGACCCAUACCGAUGGAGGAAAUAACUCUGGCUGAUGGACCCAUCGAGAUGGAAUGGGUGGGUGUCACAUCCAAUGGAAAGGACAAGACAAUACCAACCAUUGUAAACGGGUAUUCCCAGGAUCAGAAUGACAAUCCAGGGUUCUCCGAGAACACCUUUAAAGCUAUCACAAACAGUCACUUGAACAUGUCCGAGAGAAACGGCAAGCUUGAAAUGUCUACCUCAAAUGUUGAACUAAGAAACUCAGACCAGGUUGACCAAUCAGACGGCUCCCUUCUCGAGGCCAACCAAUCGGGAAGCAGCUCUUGUAAAGGUGCUAUGCAGACUGUGCAAUUAUGUGCCACAAAGCAAAAUGGCGGUUUUGAGGCUGACACCAAAGAUCAAAUAAACGCUGUUCCAAACAGCUCAACGACACAUUGUUCUGGCCAAGACAAAUCGAACGUUAACAACACUUCAUCCAAUCAGAAAGUCAACGCAGAUUCUGAGCCGGAUUAUCUGAGUGGCCUUCCCUCAGAGCUUCUAAGAUAUCUUACUCGAUUCCUGGACGCCUUCAGUCUGUGCAACCUUGCAGUGACGUCCAAGUUACUGCGGCAGAUAUGCUGUAGUAUUCUCGAGGAACGCGGCAUGGUCAUUCAACAGUGGGAGAAGCAGCGUGGACACUGGAAAGUGGCCUACAGGGUAUGGCAUUUCAGCACCGCCUUCACACCCAUCAGGAAGUGGGGUUUUGAUGAUUUCCCCAGUAUGGCAGUUCACCUUAGUAAGUGCCCUUACAAUGUCAAACACACGCAGACAGAUCCAGUGCGGGUCAUGAUCAAACUACCACAGCCAGUAAUACCCACUGCUGAUGAAUCGCUAGAGGUCAAAAGGUCACAGGAGGAUCUCACUGAGGGGAGUGGCUGAGAGCCAAAAGGGGGAGGUAGGAGUGGCAGUUGUUGAUCUUGAACAUGGUCUGUGGAUCGAGUUUGAAACAUUGGCUUCCUGUUUAUUGUAGGCUGAUAAAAACUGCUGGUUACCGGUUUGCUCCCUACGUCUUUGACCACUUGUUACUAUUCUACUAUCGGGAAGCCAAGAAGUUGCCAACCACAGACAGCCUACAUGUACCAAACACUACCUGGGGCCGAUUUCACAAAGAGUAAAGCCCGCCCGGGUCAUACUUCCUGCGAAUGCGAAAGCGAUAUGAGUUCCGAAUCAGCUCUGUUUAUGCUGCAAAUGUUUCGCAGCAGUUGAGCAUAUUUAAACUGAUGCGAGUUAUUUGUUGCGAAUUUGUGACAUCAAAAUUUGUAUCGCAUUCGCAGGAAAUAUAAACCAGGCUUUAAUCAAUCUAAUAACUGCAAAUCAAUCGUAGUUGCUUAGUAAGUGUGAUGUCACAAUACAAAUCACUAUGGUCAUACUGACACGUUGUUGUACGAUGGACUUUAUUGCUUUGUGAAAUUGAGCCCAGUUGUACUGUUCUUCUCUUUUGACUUUAUACGCAAGUCCAACACUUUUGGUCCCUGAUAAAUAUAUUUGUGCAUGAGGUACAGUACGUCACAAUGCUACCCAAAACGAGGCAAUGGGCGCAACCACUGCAAGUGAUGGGGAAUGUGCGCCCAACGCCUCAUUUUAGGUAAGAAUUAUGACGUCAUGCAUAAAUAUUAAGAGAGGCGUACUGAGCUAACGGAGCUUGAAGUAUUAACUAGACCAUAGACCACUGGUCUGAGUUUAGUUUAACUUUAGCACUGGGCCAGUAAUCUCACUGACAAGUGUUCUUCCAAUCUCAUUUAUUUUAUGAUUUACAAAUUUGUAAAAGAGCUUUUCACUUCCAAACCUUAAAGGAACUAUUACAGAAUUAACUGCUUUUUGCUAACAAAACAGUUGCUGGCAGUGUAAGCACUUUAUGCAAGCCACCAUGUAAAUGUAUGUAAACUGACAAACCUGUAGAAAUUUGAGAUCGAUCAGGCAUCUGGGUCACAGAAAAGUAGUGAAAAAAACCAACGGCACAUUUUGCAUGACAUCUGUCAGUGUCUGUUAAAAAAAAAAAAAAAAAAC